AUGUCAGGAACGAUUGUAUCUCUUGAUCCAAAGUCUUCUUCUUGCUCUGAGUUGACUCCUACCCCGAUAAUUGUAGAUCCGUCCGCUCCUCUCACUGACCAGCCAUCCGUUACUCCUAUUGUAGAUCCUUCUGAUCCUAUUAGUGAUCCUCCAUCCGUUACUUGUAUUGUAGAUCCUUCUAGUCCUAUUACUGAUCCGCCAUCCGUUACUCCUAUUGUAGAUCCAUCUCCCACCGUCCAACCAGUCCAUAAGACUAUUGUAAGCUCCACCCGCUCUGAUUCCACUCUCGAUUCGUCCAAAAUCACCUCUUCGUCUGCAACAGCCUCAACCGACUCCAACCGCAAGUCCCGCCGUCAACUUGCUAACGCCCGUCGUAAAGCUGCAAGGCAGAAAGAGAUUGAGGCUAAUCGAAUAACUGGUGAACAAUCAGCUCGUCAAUCAGCUCAUCUUGCCAGUAAAGCUCGUCAGCUGUCUCGAAAAGCUUGUCACCAAUUUAAAUCCGCUUUAACUGCUGCUGGUGAAGCUGAUAAAGUAGCUAAGUCAGCCAAACCAUCCGAUUUUUCGUCCAGCCGCCACUUUAAACAAUUUAAGAACCAGCAUCCAACUCGUCAAGCAUCCAAGGAACUUCUUGAUCUUGCUACGACCACAGCCACCAAAGCUAUCCAAUUAUCAGCCGCCUCUAAAUCCAAAUCGUCCGAUCCAAUUAUCCCAUUACCAUCUCCUUGUCAAGGUCUUGAUCAUAUCCACCGCCGUCUUUUCUAA